CGUAGGAACAGCUCCCUCUCUCCACCUUCUCACCUCCAAGAGCAAUCAUGUCAACAAUCACCACCACCGCCCUCCAAACCUCUUACCCCGCAAUUCUCCCUCUCAGCUUCAAUGGGAACCAGCCGGAGACAAUCCGCCUCUACCCACUCUCCAACUACACCUUUGGCACCAAGGAGAACCAGCCCGAAGAAGACCCGUCAGUGCUUGCGCGCCUAAAGCGCCUUGAAGAACACUAUGAGCUCCAUGGAAUGCGCCGUACCUGCGAGGGCAUCCUCGUCUGUCACGAACACAAUCAUCCUCACAUCCUGAUGCUGCAGAUUGCAAACGCGUUCUUCAAGCUCCCGGGCGACUACCUCAAGCCCGAGGACGACGAGAUCGAGGGAUUCAAGGCGCGCCUGAAUGAACGGCUCGCACCAGUCGGAUCGCAGUUCUCGGGAGAGGGAGUCAAUGAGGACUGGGAGAUUGGCGACACGUUGGCGCAAUGGUGGCGCCCGAACUUCGAGACGUUCAUGUACCCAUUCAUCCCCGCCCACGUCACAAGGCCGAAGGAAUGCAAAAAACUCUACUUCAUCCAGCUUCCGCGACAGAAGGUUCUGAGCGUGCCAAAGAACAUGAAGCUCCUCGCCGUCCCGCUUUUCGAACUCUACGACAACACUGCGCGCUAUGGCCCUCAGCUGUCCGCGAUCCCGCAUCUGCUCUCGCGUUAUAACUUUGAAUUCGUGGACGAGAAGGGAAAUGUUGUUGCUGCGACGCCCGGCCAAGCGCCAGACGCCAACGGCUACGUGCCACAGACGAAGGUUCUGGCUGGUGGUGAUAUAGAAAUCGAGGAUUUCCCUACGAAUGAGGAGGAGGUGAUUUGAACUUGCAGCACACGAAAACGGAGUUGGCGUUAGGGAAAGCAUGGCUAUAUGCAUAGAUACCAUAGAACCAGGUGUACAAUAUGUAAUGAUCGUCAAG